AUGUUCACCCGAAUAUUUCCACGAGCGGUGCCGAAUCUCAAGCGAUGGACGCCAAUUCGCUUCAACUCUCAGCAAGUUGACCCAGCGAAAAUGAAAGCGUUCCAAGAAAAAGUGGAUAAAGCAAAAGUACGGCGUGCAUAUGCUCUUGGAGGAUGCUUGAUGUUUAUCUGGAUUUCGACUCAUGGGAUUUUGCUCUACAAGCGCCGAAGCGAGCACAGAAAUCUGAACGAGAAGCUGCCACCGAUUUCAUGGGAAGAAUUUGAACAGAAGUAUCUUUCCACUGGCGAUGUAAAAUCCAUUAUCUUCCAACCACAUUUCGAAACUGCCAAUGUCUAUUUACAUUCAGCCAUAGAGCAACAGAUGAAGAAGAAUUUUGUGGAUCUGGUUCAUACAACUCCCGACAAGUUCUCCCGUCCACCAGAUGUCCGUUUCUACCUUGAAGCAUCGGCAGAUGACGUUCAAUCUCUCGUCACAGCCGCUUCUCAAAAAUACAAAGCCCACGUGGAUUUCGAGCUCGAUCAGUUCCCCAGCUAUCGAGAACUCUCAUUCAUCGUCGGCUCUUCUCUGUUCGUAUUAGCAGCCAUCACAAUGGCAAAGUAG